AUGAAGAACUUCGGAGUGAAGGAAUGUCCGAAUCUCUCUGGUCAUCAGCGAAAGGAAGACUCGAGCCAGGUCGAGACUAAGCAGAAGCCCUUUCGUCCAAUUGAUAACGCAGCCGAAGUGAAUAAUAAUGGUAUAGAAGUACUUACUGCAAGUUCGGGCAGAAAACAUGUUGUUAUUAGCAUGACUAUAUCUGUUAAGUUUGAGUACCUACUGCGGAUAAACUUGGCAAUGGGGAGACCUGGAGGACUAAAAUGUGCAGUCAAAGACUGCAAGAGUAAGUACUUAGAUAAUAAUCAACAUACACCAUUGAGAUUUUUUAGGUUCCCUAAUCCUAGGACCCAAGAAGUGAGAAUGAAUUCAUGGCAACUGGCGUGCAAUGAUGAAUUAUUGACCAGGGCUACUGAUCCUAUGAAAUUGUAUGGAAGCAUGAGAAUUUGCAGUCUACAUUUUGAGGAUCAUUUGAUAGAAAAGCACAAACUGAAAGAAAAUGCUGUUCCUAUACUAAACUUGGUGGCUCCAUACAUAUAUGAGGAGCAUUCAUAUUUUAGUGAUGAAAAUAUAGAAGUAGGUCAUUUUAUGGAAAUAGAUGAUAGCUCUGAAGAUGGGAUGGACACAAGAGCAAGAAGCAUUGGUACCCAAACAGAACCAGAUAUGGUGGACACAGGAACACAGACACUUGUGCAGAAGUCUGAUUUUCAAGUGCAGACAGAAAAGCAACUUUCAGCUAUCACACCAAAAUCAAAUUAA